CGUAUGACAUAUUGCAAACAUUACAUCAUAGUUAAUUAAUUGAAGUGAAAUUUUCGGGAAUACUAUUACGUAUAUAUUAUCCACGACAAUGGACAGAGAACGGGUUUUUGAGGAAUUAGAAACAAAAGGAUACAGUGUUAUCCCGAAUGUUCUGUCUGAAAAUAAAUGCGAACAGUAUAUAUCAAUUUACAAGGCUUGGUUGGAUAGAUUUGGAGAUGAGAGGCCUUACUGGAAUAAAUCAUUGAUGAAACAAUAUAGGUUGUCACACUGUGAACCCACGUGGAAUAUACGGCUUGCCGCAAAACCUGUGUUUGCCUCAAUAUGGAAAACAGAUAAAUUGUUGACCAGUAUGGAUGGUAUAUCCAUUGGUGAACCCCCCGAAUUAGGAAACACUAAUUUUGGUGAUCCUGAAUCAAAUUGGUUUCACAUGGACCAGGGUAGCUGGCGAGAAGGUCUCCAUGUAUAUCAAGGAGCUGUUUACUUAGAAGAAACAACAGAAAACGAUUAUUGCUUUCGAGUUCUUGAAAAUUCCGUUCAGGUUCAUAAAGAAUUCUAUGAAAGUUUUCCAAAGGUUGUUGAAGAGACUGCGGGUAAAGAUUUUUAUUGUUUGUCAAAGGAGCAUUUUGAUUGGUAUUUAUCUAAAGGUUGUAAAAUCAAGAAAGUUCCUGUUCCGAAAGGCGGCAUUGUUUUGUGGGAUUCAAGAAUGAUCCAUGACAACAUAGCACCUUUAGCUGGUAGACCAUAUUCAGAAAGAUGGCGGUUCGUUGUUUUUGUUUGCAUGGCACCUGCGAUCUGGGCAACGGAACAGGAUAUUAAAAUGAAACAGAAAGCUUAUAACGAAAUGGUUGCUACUGCCCAUUGGCCAGCACAAGGAGUUUGGACUUUCUCUAAAACAUCAGUAAGAGAGGCUACAAAAAACUUUGCACACUUGGAAAUAAUUGAAGAACUCCCUGAAAUAGCUAAAACGAAAGAAGUCUUACAAAUGGUUGGAUUUGAAAAAUAUAACUUUGACGAUGGACAACCUAAUGAUCCAGGUUGGAAUCCAAAAUGGUCGGUAGACCCAUCUACAAGAAAAGUGAGAAGCGGUGAAUAUCUUUCUUGAAAUAAGAAUAAUGCGUAUACUAGUAAUCAUGAUAUUUGUAUAAAUAUAUAUUACCAACGGUAGAGUCGUCAAGGACAUUGUUAAAUCGUCGCCUGGAGAUUGACCUACGGCAUGGAAGCGCUUGUGACAUUAUUUUAGCGAACUGUUACUAUUUGAUGUGAAAUGUAGUAUGUGACUUAUAAAUUUUAAUAUAUGUAUAUAUAUAAAGUAGAAUAGAAGACAGUGUAUGAACUUUAGUGUAAGCCUAAGCAGUAGUUAUACAUAUUCCGGUGUGUGCUGUAAAGUUGUUCAUUAAAUCAUAUAUUGUGAUAUCGAUAAGUCAAGUAGAGAAUCAUUAAAGUUUGUCCGGAAACAA